CCCCGCUCCCAGCUCCGCGGUGGCUGCAGGACCCGGCUCUGCUCUGCGCCUGCCCGCCAGCUGCUCUAGGGACCCCGGCCCGGGACGCACCUUCCCGCCUUCUCAAGCUGCCCAGACCCCAGGCUCCGCCUCUUGCCUGGCUACUGCCCCAGUCCUCAUCAGGGGACCCCCCCACCCCGGCUUACCUCUUCUGUCUUUCCUCAGAGAGUAUCUAUCUAUCUAUCUAUCUAUCUAUCUAUCUAUCUAUCUCCCCCACCCCAUCUCCUACAAGCUCAAGGUCCCUGGAUUUGUUUCCCUUGGCCCAAGGCCUCUGAGCUCUCCUGCCUGAAUUCUGGGCUAUCUGACCUCUCCACUUCCAGGGCCUCAGAAUCUCUGAGCCUCUGUAGUGGUGGGGGCGGGGACACCUGAAACAGCUCCAUCUGUCUCCCCCUUUCUGUCUGUCUCUUCCAGUCUCGGGACUCGUGAGUUCCAGAAUAUCUCUCUCCCUCUCCUCUCUCUCUCUCUCUCUCUCUCUCUCUCUCUCUCUCUCUCUCUCUCUCUCUCUCUCUGUUUCUGCCCCUUUUGGGCUGUGUUUCCAUUCUCUCUCCCUCCCUUCCUCCCCCCAUCCUGAAGGCUCAUCUCAUUCCCUCUCUGCAUCCUUCUCCCUCCCUCCCCGCCCCUCCCCUCUUCCUCAGUAGCCAAUGAGCGGCCGCCGGUCCCUGCUCCCGGCUGCGUCCGCUGAGUGAGGCCGCGGGCGCGGGGGGGUGGGGGGUGGGAGGCCGGGAGGGGGCCGGGACGCCGGGCUCGGGGGCGGGGGCGGGGGGCGCGGGCACCGGAGACCCCGGUGGCGGAGGCGGCGGCCGGGGAAAACCGCGGGGCCGGUCAUGCGGCUGCGGGGCCCGCGGCCCGGAGCGUCCGCCCAGCCCUGAGAGAGGCCCCGCAGGGCGCCCCCCGCCGCUCAGGAUGAGUCACUGCAGCAGCCGCGCCCUGACCCUGCUGAGCAGCGUGUUCGGUGCCUGCGGCCUGCUCCUUGUGGGCAUCGCGGUCAGCACGGACUACUGGCUGUACAUGGAGGAGGGGACCGUUUUGCCGCAGAACCAGACCACCGAGGUCAAGAUGGCGCUGCAUGCCGGCCUCUGGAGAGUCUGCUUCUUUGCAGGUCGGGAGAAGGGGCGCUGUGUGGCUUCUGAAUACUUUCUUGAACCAGAGAUCAACUUGGUGACGGAAAACACGGAGAAUAUUCUGAAGACAGUACGCACAGCUACUCCCUUCCCUAUGGUCAGUCUCUUCCUCGUGUUCACCGCCUUCGUCAUCAGCAACAUCGGCCACAUCCGACCUCAGAGGACCAUUCUGGCCUUCGUUUCUGGCAUCUUUUUCAUUUUAUCAGGCCUCUCCUUGGUGGUGGGCUUGGUUCUGUACAUCUCCAGCAUCAAUGACGAGGUCAUGAACAGGCCCAGCAGCUCUGAACAGUACUUUCACUAUCGCUACGGGUGGUCGUUUGCCUUCGCUGCUUCCUCUUUCCUUCUCAAAGAGGGGGCCGGAGUCAUGUCCGUGUACUUAUUCACCAAGCGCUACGCGGAGGAGGAGAUGUAUCGCCCGCACCCUGCCUUCUACCGCCCGCGUCUCAGCGACUGCUCCGACUACUCGGGCCAGUUCCUGCAGCCCGAAGCGUGGCGUCGAGGCCGCAGCCCUUCCGACAUCUCUAGCGACGUCUCCAUCCAGAUGACGCAAAAUUACCCUCCGGCCAUCAAGUACCCCGACCACCUCCACAUCUCUACUUCACCGUGCUGAGGCCGGACUCCCACUCUCUCCCCUUCUCCCUCCCCUCCCCCGCGCCUCUCCCACGCAGCCCCAAUCCCUUAAGGGACUCUUGGCUGAGGGAUGCUGUGCCAUCUCCAAGCCUCUAUCCAUCACCCUCAUUUCAAUGGCUCCACCCUCUUUCCAAUAUCUCCUCAUGGUUCAUUAUACUUCCAAAUGAUUCCCUCCCCACCCGCCCCCGGUGAACCCGUCCCCCUUCCCUUAGGUCCCUCCCCACCAGGUUUGCUAUCUUCUGGUGGUAUCUCGCGCCCAGCUCCCCCAACCCCGCCGGAUUCUCGCUUCCCCGCAGGGGUGUUGGGAUGGAGAGUGGGUGUGGCCGCCACUGGAACUCCCCUCCAUUCUCUCCUAACGCCACACUACGCCCCCUGCAGGUCCCUGACCCACUUCUACUGCUCCGGCCAGGGGCCGCAGGGGUACGACAAUGACUGACCUUGACUUUUCCUUUUCUGUUGCCUCCGGGAGACUCCAUUCCCUCUUUUUCCUUUCUCCUCUGGAAGG